GUUCGUGCAUAUUUUAAUUCUACCUUUAUGGAGUUAUUUAGUGAAUUUGUGGAAAGAACUAUAAAGUUACAGAAAAAAGUUGAUUUAUUCUAAAACUGUUUUUAUUAUUAAUAUAGCUAAAAAUGGCACACGAUCGGGAAGUCCUAAGAAUGAUUUGGGAGGCCCAAAUAGCGAUAUGUUUCCAAGCCGAUUCAGAGGAAAUCGUUGGCUUACAACAGCCGGAGAAUUUUUAUUUAAUGGUUUCAAGAUUGAGUUAUUUGCCUUUAGUUACAGAUAAGGUAAAAAAAUAUUUUAGUCGUUACAUUUCACAUGAGCAGCAGGAUGGUAAUAUUUGGUUUGAUUAUAAUGGAAUUCCACUGAAGCUGCAUUAUCCUUUAGGAGUUCUCUACGAUCAGAUGCAUCCUGAAGAAGACAGUGUUCCAUGGUGUUUGACUAUUCAUUUUUCAAAAUUUCCGGAGGACGUAUUGGUAAAGAUUUCAUCUAGAGAACUUUUGGAAUCACAUUUUAUGUCAUGCUUAAAGGAAGCUGAUGUUCUUAAGCAUCGAGGUCAAAUAAUAUCGUCGAUGCAAAAAAAGGAUCACAACCAACUCUGGCAAGGAUUAACCAAUGAUAAAUUUGACCAGUUUUGGGCCAUCAACAGACGUUUAAUGGAGCCAAGCGGAGAUCAAGAAACUUUCAAAUGUAUACCUAUACGUUUUUACUCCGAUGAAGAUGUGUACAUUCAAAAGUUGAUACCACCGUUAAAUAAAAAUGGGCAAAAGAAAACGAUUGGUGAAAUGAUGGUUGAGUUGUCAACGCCACAUAAAAAGAUUGUUGAAGUUAGGACUCACGGCAUCGGUAUUCAUGAGGAAGCAAAUUUACAAUGGUUAUCGGAACAUCUGAGUUAUCCAGAUAAUUUUUUACACAUUUUUUUAGUUUACGAAUCUUAGGUGUUUGAAUCGACUUUGGAUACCAAAAUAUAGACUAAACUCAUUAAAAUUGAAAAGUUAUAUGCAUUUGUUAGGAAUGUUUUGCCAGGAAGAAAUUUUUUAAAAAGAUUUUUACUCCUCAUAAUAAAAAUCCAGUUCAAAGAAAUAUCGAUUAAUAUUCAAAAAAAAAGUAUUUUAUUUGUUAUAUUCAUAAACGAAAUUCAAAAUACAAAAAAUAUACCGUAUUUUGAAAGAUUUUUUACCACAUGAAAUGCUACAUAGUGGGGUUCAAAUACUUUGGUGUUUAGUAGACUAGUUUUUUUUUGGAAGAGAAGUCAUUAUACAGAUUCACAAGUAGCAAAACUGAUUUUUUUUUAUCCACGAAAAUUUAACUGAAUGUAUAUUUUUUUGAAUACAACCACUAGUUUGUAAGUAAAUGUGUUGUAGUUCUGUAUAUCUUUUAAGUUUACUAAGCUUAAAAAGUGUAGAUUUCGUUUUACUGUUUCUAAUGUGAUAAAAAUAUAAGCUUAAGAAUAAAAUUAUUAUUAAUAUUAGCAAAACUUAUGUAAUACGAAUACCCACUUUUCAGGAAAUUUGCUUGCUUAUGAAUUCUUUUGUUUUAUUUGUUAAUAUUUUAUUUUAUUUAGAAAUGGAAAACACCACAGUGGAACCUGGUUAAGAAAGACUUUAAGGGACUGUGAUUUUUUUGCUCAUUAAGUAUGGCAAGUUCGUUAAAAUAGUAUAAUAUACUUUCUUCGAGCUAGAAAAUUUAUAGAGGACAGGGGGGUUUUUUCCCCUUAUAAAAGCUUAUGGGGAGGUCAAAGUCCAAUACCUGACUUUUCCCCAGUUCUCUCUUAACCAUGUUUCACUGUACCUUAGAAUUUAAUCAAAAAAUGUAAUUUGUAUAUUUUUAUUUAUUCUUAAUUUUACCGUAAAUUAGAUUAAGUAAAAUAUAAUAUUUCACUCUGAGCUACUUAAAGCUUACUUGACUAAGUAUAUUAUAUCCCAGCGGUGCCAACGCUAAUAAAGAAAUAAAAGAUUUAUAGCUUUAUUUUAUCAAUAAAUGACACUACUGAGGGUUCGAACUGGUGUCUUAAAAUCUGCUAAUAAAUGGUACGUAAAAAAAUA